GAAUAAACGCAGUGUCCUGAGCAAUGCAGCACCAUCUGAGACAGGCUACCAGAAAGCAAGCGCGCGCGUCAAGAACACUGUUGAUGAACCACGUGCACCCCUGCACAGCCACUUGAAAGAACCACAGGGCCUUGUGUCGACGUGCUGGGGGGAGGCCAGCGGCCGCCCAGUGCAGGUGGGGGGGCCCGCGGGCGCGGGCAGGUCGUGCCCGUGGCUCUUCGGCGACCGUCGCCGCCGCCGCCACCCGCCCGCCGUCCGCGGCCUGCUGCGCGGGAGACUCCGAGAGCGCACCUGCGGCCAGGCCCUAGCUGCAAGAUUCCCGGAGUGCCGGGAGAGGCCGGCCGUGGCCCUGGGUGGACUUGCUGCUGCUGCUUCAUCUUCUAGACCCGCAAGCGCUGCGGAGAGGGACCGACUAGCACGCAGCGACCGGGCGGGGCGGGGCUUACGCCAGGCUCCCGGCUUCUUGGGACUGGGGACUCGGGACACUCCGCCCCCAUCUGCCUGGACACCGCCUCCGAGGUGCUGGCUCCAGGCCCCCCCCGCCGUGUCCCGGGGCCCGUGGACUGGACGCCGAGGGCGGCUGGAGGCUGCGGGAGUUUUUACCGAACCGUGUGAGCAGCGUGACCUUUGA